CGCGGCGCAGGCCACGUGCAUAAACGCGAGGUGCACACACGUCGCAUCGAUGUGUAUCGAGCGCGCGACGUCUCAGGAAAAGGGAAACGAACCGGGCAACGCAACGCGCAAGUUGUUGCGAUCAAGAUUGGACGCAGCGGUGGUAGCCGCGUGGUCAGUCACGAUCGCAUCGUUAAAUCGGUAUCGUUCGUUCGCGAACGAGAAGGAGAGAGCGAGAGAGAAAGAGGGAGAGACCCCCUGGUGUCCCGACGGCUCCCGUAGAGGCGCCUGGUAUCGAAGAACCAACCUGCCUCUCGUCGCGAUUCGUUUGAUGACGUAACGCAUAAGUACACGCCACACACGGGGGAAAUCAAAAGCACGGUUGUUUCUUUUUCUUCGUCGUCAUCUUCUUCUUCGCGGAGAAAGAGAGAGCAGUCGGUCUCCGAAGUCUCCCCGCGAGAAGAUCAUCGGUACGACGCAAGAUCGUUAUCGCGAGAAGUGGAUGAAUCUCGGACUGUCAGGUAUCGUUGCGAUCGAGUUGAGAAGAAAUAGAUAGUACAAGCGCAGGGGAGAAGGAGGAUACGAAGAAGAAGAAGAAGAAGAAGAAGAAGAAGGAAGAGAAAACAGGGAGAAGAGAGGAGGAAGAGCCAAGCUGUUCGAAGACGCCGUCAGGCUCUACCGACAGACUCGCUGUGUCCUCUGAUCGACUUAGAGGACGGCGCACCUGAGCGAGAGAACCAAAUCCAUCGCUCCUGUUUCUUCAGCGCACACGAGCUCUCUCGCACUUGCAAGAUGUGGCGGCGGUUGUCGAUAGUGAUCGGUAUGAUCGCGGCUGCGUCCGCCGGGCCCUACGACAGAAUGGCAGUUUCAAUGAACGAUAGGACGCUGUUCAUCAGAAGCCUGCCGGGUCUACCUGGAGCGAGAAGCGAUCUCUACGAGAUCUACAUGGAGCCGUACUAUUUCGAGAUCGGUCUGAAAGCGGUGGUGGAGCUGAAAGCUCUCGACGAGAACGGCUUGCCAAUAGACGGACCCCGAGGAACGUUAACGCUGGAACAGCAUCCCGAGGGGGUUAAGGUCACGGGCACUGUCACGGGGUUGAAUCCGGGCUUGCACGGAUUCCACGUGCACGAGAAGGGAGAUUUGAGAAAGGGUUGCAAUUCGGCCGGCCCGCAUUUCAAUCCGUACAUGGUGAAUCACGGGGCACCGAGCGAUCCGUUACGUCACGUCGGCGAUCUCGGCAAUAUCGAAGUAACGCAAGACGGAGUGGCGCAUAUCGAGGGCUGGGAUCACUACUUGAGUUUGGUGGGCGUUCGCGGGGCAAUCGGCAGAACUCUGGUGAUCCACGAAAAACCCGACGAUCUCGGUCGCGGAGGUACUGAGGAGAGCCUGAAGACGGGGUCGUCGGGCGCACGCGUUGCCUGCGGUGUUAUCGGGUUCUUGUAGAGAGAUUUUUUACCAAGUUUGGUUGUAUCGCAUCAAAACAAUCGUAUUUCGACGAAGGUGUUUCGGUUCUUAUAUGCGAAUC